GUUAAACUUUGAAAUCACACGUCAAGACAUGAAACGGAUAGUAGGAGCGCAAACUAAAAAGAAACCAUCACCAGUAUCAAGUAAAGAACACCUUGAGAAGUUGAGUAACAGAGAAAAAGAUCUAGAAAACAAAAUAAAAAAUCUAGAAAAUGAUUUGAGGAGAACAAAAGAUCAACUAAACAGACUAAGAGAAAGUCCAGGAAAGGCUGCUUUAAAGCAGAAGGCAUUAAGAAUUUUAGGUCAGAAGCGGUACUUCGAAAACCAACUUGAGGCAGUCAGAGGAUUUACGUAUAAUUUGGACCAGACUAAUUUUACUGUUCAGGUUUUGAAAGACACACAACAAACUAUUUCUUUUAUGAAGGAUGGCAUGAAACAAAUUAAAAAUGAAUUUAAAAAGUUAAAUGUUGAGGACAUCGAUAACAUGCAAGACGACCUGGCAGACUUAAUGCUGGAAUCUGAAGAAAUACGGAACUCUAUGAUGCGAUCCUAUGACACUCCACUAAUCGAUGAAGACGAAUUAGAAGCUGAGCUGGACGCUCUCGGUGAUGAAAUAGCUUUGGAUGAUGAUCAAACAUAUAUUGAGGAUGCCUUAGGGAACGUUCAAGCUGAUAGUGUGAAUAACCUUCCCGAACCUCCUAAUAAUAUAACAACAGAGAAUGGCAUUGUGAUUGAUCAGUUUGGGUUACCAGAAAUUCCAAAACGUCCCGUUUAAAUAAUAAUUGACAUUUAAUUUUACCUUUAUAUCAUUUAUUGACAAAGCAAUAAAACCGCUUUUGCUUCCA